AGUGCUUAGACCGAGUCGAGCUGAGUUUCUUCUGUCGGUUUCUUCGUAAAUUUGUUGAAAUUAUGGCUUUAGAGAACGAGCAAUACAUUCGAGGGAUUCAAAGAGAGUAUCUUGACUUUCUUGAUGAUGAUGAGGACCAAGGUGUUUAUCAUGGGAAGGUCCGGGAUAUGAUAACAAGAAAUGAGUACCGUUUACUGGUCAAUGUCAAUGACUUGAGACGAAAAAAUGAGAAAAGAGCAAAUUUAUUGCUGAACAAGGGCUUUGAAGAGCUACUAGCAUUCCAGAAUGCCUUGAAGGAAUUUGUCAGUUCAAUUGACACAAUCUAUGGGAAAAAACAUGAAGAUUUCUUUAUUGGAUUUGAAGGAAGUUUUGGAGCAAAACAUGUAACUCCUAGAACACUUUCGUCAAGGUUUCUUGGUACUAUGGUAUGUGUGGAAGGAAUUGUCACAAAAUAUCCCUCAACUGCCAAGUCACAAAUGCUUAGGUAUGUCCUCCAUACUGCACCUAGAGCAAUUCCCACUACAGGCCGUGGAUCAUCCGGUGUUGGUCUUACUGCUGCUGUAACAACUGAUGCUGAAACAGGUGACAGACAUCUUGAAGCAGGAGCUAUGGUACUUGCCGAUAGGGGSGUGGUCUGUAUUGAYGAGUUUGACAAGAUGAGUGACAUUGACAGGACGGCAAUUCAUGAAGUCAUGGAACAAGGUCGUGUGACUAUUUCCAAAGCUGGCAUUCAUGCAAAGCUGAACGCCAGGUGUAGCGUCCUUGCUGCUGCAAACCCUGUGUAUGGCAGAUAUGAUGAAUACAAGAAUCCCAUGGACAACAUUGGUAUGCAAGACUCAYUGCUGUCUCGUUUUGACUUGCUCUUCAUUGUAUUAGAUCAGAUGGACCCAGAUAACGACAGGAGAAUAUCUGAACAUGUCUUGAGAAUUCAUCGCUACAGAAAACCAGGAGAGCAAGAAGGAGAAGCACUGCCAUUUGGAGAAGAGUCUGAUGUGCUGGCCACAAAUGAUCCUGAUGCAGAAGAAGAAGAUGAAGACACACCUAUCUAUGAGAAGCAUGAUCCCAUGUUGUACGGAGCCCAGAAAUCCAAGAAAGACAAGCUUAUUUCAAUUGCAUUCAUGAAGAAAUACAUUCAUGUCGCUAAAGGAAUCAAGCCUGCACUUUCUAAGGAAGCUGCAAAUAAGAUCUCAAAAGCUUAUACUGAAUUACGAGACCAGGAAAAURUAUCCAAUGAUGGCAAGGCGAAGACAACACCAGUUACAGCAAGAACACUAGAGACUUUGAUUCGGUUGUCAACCGCUCAUGCUAAAGCSAGAAUGAGYAAAACAAUAACAGCGGACGAUGCGGAAGCGGCAAUUGACAUGAUAUCAUUUGCAUACUUUCACAAGGUUGAAAGGCGAGUGAAAAAGAAACGAGACCAGGAGUCGGAAACUGAAGAAAGUGCCACCGAAGAAGAAGACGAGGAAGAGGAAGAUAAGAGCCAAAGAAAAACCAGGAAAUCCAAAACUAAAAAGCCAGCAAAGAAACAAAAGGUUCCUAGGAAGAAAGAGGGAGAGGAAGGUUAUGAUCCUUACGACUUUGAGGACGACGAAGACGAAACGCAAGAAGAAGUUGUUGAGAAAAUGAAAAAGCGUCGUUCAUCGAAGAGUGGUGAUCAAAGUCAAAGUGAAGAGACUAUGGAUACCAGUGAAGCCUUACAACCUGGAAUGGGCAGUAUUACAGAUGAACGACUCGAGAAAUUCAAGCCAUCUUUGGACAAAGCUUUUGGUGAUUUGCACGUUCAGUCGUUACCACUGGACCAACUAAAGGCUUCCAUCAAUAAACAGAACAAAGGCGCUGAAUUUGACGACAGCGAAUUUGAUGCAGCUCUUAGCAUCAUGCAAGAAGCUAAUCAGAUUUACGUGGCAAACGACAGUGUCUUCCUAAUUUAGACUUUUUCAUUUUGUACAGUGUUACUAAUCAACAGGAAAGUCGCAUGGUUGUGACAGCAAAACAACGCUUGUACUAUUGACUAUAGACUCCUUGCAGUUCUUUCGAAUGCAUCUCCAACUGGAGAACAGAACAAUGGAUUGUUGUUUCCAAGAUAGCAAAAUCUUUUGUUUUGUUCUCCAGGAGCUGCGUUGACGUCAUAUGCAAGGGGUUUAUUCUUAAAAAUUCAGUCAAGGCGGGACCAACCAAUCAAUUUACACAUAGAAUCGAGGCUAAGCUCACUAUUGCUGCAAUUUUGAGAAUAGUCAAUAGACCUUUCUGAAAUGCAAAAUCAUGGUGCAUUGUGGUCUGUACCAACACCAUAUUUGGCCACAAGAACAAAUGAUUUUUGUAGCGAAUCUAUACCACAAUGCAAUGCGUAAUUCUGUUUCAGAAAAGCGCUAUACUCCUGAAAAUGCAGUGUGUUCCAAAAUGUUCUUGAAAAUAUAACAACAAUAUAACUGUUGAAUUUUGAUUACUAAAUUUUGCAAAAUAGUGCUAGUAGAACAAACGAGAAAACAAAAUAGUGUUACUAAUAUUUCGCGGAUAUAACUGCUUGCGCUCGAAAUUUAAAUUAUAUCUGUAUAUUUCCCAUGGUAACUUUGCAUACUUUAAGUAAAAAAAAAAGAGAAAAACAAAAGAAGACAUAAUGAAGGCAAGUUAUCAAUAUUUUUUGGUUACUCGACGAAUAGGUAUUUUGAAACAAAGGUUUAAGCACCAAAUACUCCAAAACAUAUUGAUCAAUGUUUAAUUUUGUCCCAAACAUAUUCUACAAUGCAUUGCGUAUACGGUCUUCAGAGGUCUACAGAUAUCAGGGCAGCCUUGUGGAUUCCGCUCCAAUAGAAUUUCUUUUCAUAAAGUGUUUUUUUGUCAAAAUACACUUGUCAUUUGUCAAUUCUAAAUGUCCACUUGGUGUUUUUCAUUAUGAACAUUGUAUUUAACACCUUUGAUACUUCCCACAUGGUCAAAUAAAGGUAUUUUUCUGUAUGA